UGUGCCAAGAGUCCCUGUGAGCCAUGGCCUCGAAAGGGCAGCGGUGAUUUUUUUCACAUAAAUAUAUCGCACUUAAAUGAGUUUAGACAGCAUGACAUCAGAGAGUAAUUAAAUUGGUUUGGGUUGGAAUUCCGUUUCCAAUUCCUGAGUUCAGGUUUGUAAAAGAUUUUUCUGAGCACCUGCAGGCCUGUGUGUGUGUAUGUGUGUGCAUGUGUGUGUGUAUGUGUGUGUGUGAAGUAUUUUCACUGGAAAGGAUUCAAAACUAGGGGGAAAAAAAAACUGGAGCACACAGGCAGCAUUACGCCAUUCUUCCUUCUUGGAAAAAUCCCUCAGCCUUAUACAAGCCUCGUUCAAGCCCUCAGUCAGUUGUGCAGGAGAAAGGGGGCGGUCGGCUUUCUCCUUUCAAGAACGAGUUAUUUUCAGCUGCUGACUGGAGACGGUGCACGUCUGGAUACAAGAGCAUUUCCACUAUGGGACUGGAUACAAACACACACCCGGCAGACUUCAAGAGUCUCAGACUGAGGAGAAAGCCUUUCCUUCUGCUGCUACUGCUGCUGCCGCUGCUUUUGAAAGACCACUCCUUUCAUGGUUUUUCCUGCCAAACCAGAGGCACCUUCGCUGCUGCCGCUGUUCUCUUUGGUGUCAUUCAGCGGCUGGCCAGAGGAUGAGACUCCCCAAACUCCUCACUUUCUUGCUUUGGCACUUGGCUUGGCUGGACCUGGAAUUCAUCUGCACUGUGUUGGGUGCCCCUGACUUGGGCCAGAGACCCCAGGGGGCCAGGCCAGGAUUGGCCAAAGCAGAGACCAAGGAGAGGUCCCCCCUGGCCCAGAACAUCUUCAGGCCAGGGGGUCACAGCUAUGGCGGGGGGGCCACCAAUGCCAGGGCAAAGGGAGGCACCGGGCAGACAGGAGGCCUGACACAGCCCAAGAAGGAUGAACCCAAAAAGCUGCCCCCCAGAUUGGGUGGCCCUGAACCCAAGCCAGGACACCCUCCCCAGACAAGGCAGGCUGCAGCACGGACUGUGACCCCAAAAGGACAGCUUUCUGGGGGUAAGGCACCCCCAAAGGCAGGAUCUGUCCCCAGCUCUUUCCUGCUGAAGAAGGCCAGGGAGCCUGGGCCCCCUCGAGAGCCCAAGGAGCCGUUCCGCCCGCCCCCCAUCACGCCCCACGAGUACAUGCUCUCGCUGUACAGGACGCUGUCCGAUGCUGACAGAAAGGGAGGCAACAGCAGCGUGAAGUUGGAGGCUGGCCUGGCCAACACCAUCACCAGCUUUAUUGACAAAGGGCAAGAUGACCGAGGUCCUGUGGUCAGGAAGCAGAGGUACGUGUUUGACAUUAGUGCCCUGGAGAAGGAUGGGCUGCUGGGGGCCGAGCUGCGGAUCUUGCGGAAGAAGCCCUCGGACAGGGCCAAGCCGGCGGCCCCCGGCAGUGGGCGGGCUGCCCAGCUGAAGCUGUCCAGCUGCCCCAGUGGCCGGCAGCCGGCAGCCCUGCUGGAUGUACGCUCUGUGCCAGGCCUGGAUGGAUCUGGCUGGGAGGUGUUCGACAUCUGGAAGCUCUUCCGAAACUUUAAGAACUCGGCCCAGCUGUGCCUGGAGCUGGAGGCCUGGGAACGGGGCCGGGCUGUGGACCUCCGUGGCCUGGGCUUUGACCGGGCUGCCCGGCAGGUCCACGAGAAGGCCCUAUUCCUGGUGUUUGGCCGCACCAAGAAACGAGACCUGUUUUUUAAUGAGAUUAAGGCCCGCUCUGGCCAGGAUGAUAAGACUGUGUAUGAGUACCUGUUCAGCCAGCGGCGAAAACGGAGGGCCCCACUGGCCACUCGCCAGGGCAAGCGACCCAGUAAGAACCUUAAGGCUCGCUGCAGUCGGAAGGCGCUGCAUGUCAACUUCAAGGACAUGGGCUGGGACGACUGGAUCAUCGCACCUCUUGAGUAUGAGGCCUUCCAUUGCGAGGGGCUAUGCGAGUUCCCCUUGCGCUCCCACUUGGAGCCCACGAACCACGCGGUCAUCCAGACCCUGAUGAACUCCAUGGACCCUGAGUCCACGCCACCCACCUGCUGUGUGCCCACGCGGCUGAGUCCCAUCAGCAUCCUCUUCAUUGACUCUGCCAACAACGUGGUGUAUAAGCAGUAUGAGGACAUGGUCGUGGAGUCUUGUGGCUGCAGGUAGCAGCGCUGGCCCUCUGUCUUCCUGGUAGCACAACCCAAGAACCCCUCCUCGCACUCCUGGAAUCACAGAGGGGUCAGGAAGCUGCAGCCAGGGGAUCCCAACAGCCUUGCUUACUCUCUGAGUGUGACUUGGGCUACAGGUCCCCUUCCAUCCACAAGUCCCCCUGUCUGAGGACUUCUCCCCUCCUGCUGCUCUGACUGGCAGGGACAGGCCCAGGGAGACAGACUCUGACUGAGAUUGAGACCUGGGAGACUAUGUUUGCCAAUGAGAUUUCUCCUUACCUGGGCCUCCUUGGCCUCUGGACUCUCCAGAGGGGUCUGGUGCUAUCCUAAGCAUCUUUUGGGAGAGCCACAGGUGCCACCUCCACCUUGAAUCACCUUUGUGCCUGGGGACUUUCUGCCCCUGGGGCAGAUGAGAUGCUGAUUGGGCAAGGGUGGGAGAUAAGGGGAGAGGGCUUGGGCAGGGGUGAGGAGUGUGAGGCUGUUAGACUGUUAGAUUAAAAUGUACAUUGAUGAGAUAAAAAGCAAAACCAUGCCUUAAA